UUAAUUCUCAAUGUAAUUGAAAAAUAUUAUCGCUCUCGGUUCUCUCUUCCCAUCGGCUUCCCCUGUGAAAUCCGGCCAUCCUUGCUCCGUCACUCGAUAAACCACCGCCGGCCGCCUUCUCUCCCCGUCGACAAACAGAUCGCUUCGCAGCGGCCAGCAUCUGUUUCUUGAUCCCCCUCUCUUUACGGGCUAGAGAUUGGAUCGCUAGAUCCUAAAAAUGGAGUAAUUAUUCCGAGAAUCUCAUCUUUUAUUUUGGAGUUUUGAACAUUUCCACUGUCGAAAGUGAUUUGGAAAGCGGAAUAAAGUUGGAAUGGGGGAAAAUGCUCGCGACUUGUUAUAGGCCAUCCAAAGCAGAACUUUACAGGGUGUUCAUAUUCCGUCCUCUUAUGGGUUCAGACUAAAACCUGCGCAGAGGCUCUUGAGGUUGCAUCCAUACAUCUGUUAAGGGAUUUCUGGAUUAUUUGACUAUUGCAACUGCAUUGAUAAUUGAGCAGAAAUAUUUCUGAGCACUUGCCAGUUCAUUAGGAAGCAGGAAAAAGUGAUCUGGAGCACCGAGAUUGUGCAAUCAUGGUUAAUCCCCAGCAACCUAAGAAAAGAGUGGCUUUUGUGCUUAUUGAUGGACUGGGUGAUGUCUCGUUACCAAAAUUUGGAUUUAUGACUCCUCUGCAAGUGGCCAAAGUACCUAACUUGGAUGCGAUUGCUUCUGCUGGUGUUAAUGGUCUCAUGGACCCUGUCGAAGUAGGGUUGGGCUGUGGAAGUGACACAGCUCAUCUUUCUCUACUGGGCUAUGACCCAAGAGUAUAUUAUAGGGGUCGAGGUGCAUUCGAGUCCAUGGGAGCAGGAUUGGCUAUGUUACCUGGAGACAUUGCGUUCAAGUCAAACUUUGCUACUUUGGACGAGAAAACGGGAAUAGUAACCAGUAGGAGGGCUGAUAGACACUUCGAGGAGGAAGGGCCAAUCUUAUGUGCAGCACUUGAUAGAAUGAAGAUACCAAGUUUCCCAGAGUACGAAGUUCGAGUGAGAUAUGCCACGGAGCAUAGAUGUGGAGUGGUUGUAAAAGGACCAAAUUUGAGUGGGAAUAUAUCAGGAACAGACCCUUUGAAGGACAACCGCUUGCUUUUGCAAGCAGAGGCUUUAGAUGGUUCUGAUGAAGCGAAGCUUACUGCAGCUGUUGUUAAUGAGUUAUCCAAGGAAAUCUCACGAAUCCUGGUUUCUCACCCAAUAAAUGCAAAGCGGGCGGCAGAAAGGAAGAACAUAGCCAACAUUGUUCUUUUACGAGGUUGUGGUAUUCGAAUUGAGGUUCCUUCAUUUGAGAAGAAACAUGAUUUGUGGCCAUGCAUGGUUGCUCCCACUAAAAUUAUAGCUGGUCUGGGCUUAUCACUAGGAAUUGAUAUCCUAGAUGCUCCGGGAGCAACCGGAGAUUAUCGAACACUUUUAACCUCUAAAGCCACUGCAAUAGCAAAGGGACUCUCAGCUCCUUUACAAGCUUGUCCCAAUGUUUUUGUGCCGGGAGAAGAUGAGUUCAAACCAGGUCGGGCAGAUGGUUAUGAUUUUGGGUUCCUUCAUGUGAAGGCAAUAGACGACGCAGGGCACGAUAAGGCAACAAUAUUCAAAGUUAAGGGAAUGGAAGCUGUUGAUAAAGCAAUAGGACAACUAGCCAAGCUUCUUUGGAAGUCAGAAUCUACUGGGGAUUUCCAGUACUACCUGUGCGUGACUGGAGAUCAUUCUACUCCAGUUGAGUAUGGAGAUCACAGCUUUGAGCCAGUUCCGUUUGCAAUAUGUAGAUUGAAAGACUUUGUUGGCGCUGUGGGCGGGGAGUCGGUAAUUGCAGGCAUUUCCCUCGACCCGUUUCCGCUCCCAACGAUAGUACCCGGCGAGGACUUGGACUGGAGAGAAGUCCAAAAGGUGGAGGGGAGGAGCAAAGAGUGUGAAGCUUUUGGAGGUGACUCAGUUUGGGAGUUUGAUGAGAUUGCAGCUGCCAGGGGAUGUCUUGGGCGGUUUCCUGGUGGUGAGAUGAUGGGUAUCAUUAAGAAAUUUCUCAAAUUAGAUGCAUGAGCUACUUCGCUUAAAAGAUGGUUUUUAUUUAUUUAUGUCUUUUCUUUUCUUCUAUAACUUAUGUGUUUCAAAAUAAUACAAAUUUUGAGACGUCUGUUUGUUAG